CCGAACGGUGCGUUCAAGGGACUGUUUUCAAAAAAAAGUUGACAACAGAGAGACGAAGAAGAAGACAAAAAAGACGAAGAAGAGGAAGAGGAGGAGCGCUGAGUUAGAGCCGCUUCGAAGCCACAGCAGAGCUCCGCAGCACCGGGAGCACCGGGAGGAAUGGGCUGCAGCCACAGCAAGAAGAAAAGCAAAGGCAAGAAGGGAGAGAAGAACCAGAAGGACAAGGGAGGCCGAGAUGAAGGAGGGUCGUCCUCUGCAGGUAAACAUCCGUCAGGUGAGCCAGACUUCUGUCUGCAGAAGCAGCUCGAGCGCUUUGAGUGGCAGCUCAGAAUCCUAAGAGCGGCCAAUGGGAAUCCGGAGAGGGCGGAGCUUUUGAAGGACCACGCUGAGGAGGAGGUGUGCGCCCUCGUCCUGAGCCUCCUUGACAAGGUGAAAACUGAGACGACGGCCGAUUUGAACGUUUUCCACGAACAGAAAAGUCAAUCUUGCACUGAAGAACAUCGGAGGAACGUGGAAGAGCUGCAAAAGAAACACGAACAGGAGAGAACUGAAGUUACUGAAAAGUUCCAGGCGACUGAAAACGCCCUCAAGGAUGAAGUGCAGCAGCUGACCGCUGAUCUGCAGGUUUACAACAAGCUGAAGAGGAGGGUGGAAGGCUCCACGUUUAAGAAGGACCUGCAGAGGAACAUCCAGGCUCAUGGCAGCCCAGGUGCAUUCUGGGAGUCGGAGCAGGAGUCUCUGCUGUUUGUGAUCGAGAUGAAGAGUGAGUGCGUGCAGGAGCAGAGGAGGAAGCUGCAGCAGAUGGACGCUCUGGUGGAGACUAAUCUGUCUUUAGAGGAUCAGAUCGUCCACAUCCUGCAGCAGAACGAGGAUCUGAAGGUCCGGAUAGACAACGGCCAGACUCUGAUCCAGCAACUAUCGAAAGAGCAGCACGACCUGAAGGUGGUGCUGGAGAGGCAGUCCUUGCUCAACCAGAAGCUUUCUCAGGAAAAAGAGCAGCUGAUGUUCAAACUGAGACACAGAGACUCGUGUCCCACCAUCCACCUGCCGGCCAUGAUGCAGGAGAUCGCCCCCAGGUGAAAGAAACCCCGGUAACACCAAGGCUGUCCCGCUCUCUACGGUAAUGGUGAAUGUUGUUAUGUUAGCUCGUUAGCUUGUUAGCUUUGAAAGGAAGUUUGAUUCCUUUCAAACGACAAAUAUCUGUAUAUCAAAAGCCUUUUGGGGUUUUGCCCAUUUUGAAAGGCAGCGGCUACUUGAGGGGCUAGCUAGCGAGCUAACGGGUAUCUGGACCCCAUAAACUCGACUGCAGACCAUUUUUACCGUCUCUUCCUUGCAGUAUUGUAUAAAAUAAUAGUUUUUGGGCUUCCUUGUUUGUGUUAUCGGAGUUUGUCGUCACCUUUGUGAACGGAUCCAUCAAUCAUGCUGAUCAUUUAGCCGCGCUUUGGAACCUUCCAGUUCCACCGAAGUGCCUGAGACUCCAUUAAUAAGCAGUGAUGUCGACAUAAAGCUGGAUCUUCUGGUUUGUUAGGAAAAAUCCAACAGGAUCUACCUCAAAACGCAGAGGGUUGAAAACUAAACGACAAGUUGAGUGUCCCCUCCGACUCUUGUCCAGCUUGGUUAUGUUCCAGUGAAAAUCCUUGAAGGUCUUCUUCCACUAACCCUCCUAAAACACCUUUCUAAAUGGCACAUCAACGGUUAAGGAGUGCUCGCGAAUUAGCGAAGCUUCAAGAAGCGCUUGUAUUUAUUCUUCCUAGUCUUGGUCGUCCACUCCAACUACUCGGUUACUCCAAGCAUCCCAUUAACAAUCCAUUCUUAAAUAUAUUAGUGUGAAAGUCCGCUCGGGUUCUGUCCACCUCCAGGUGAAGGAAUCAGUCAAAGAUGCUCUAGAUUUAAAGCUGAACAGUAUUCAAACAAUCCCCAACUAGAACAAACGCUCCCAAAUCAACUCCGAUCGACUGCAAUGUUUCUGGUUCCCUAUAAAACUUUUGCCAAAUGUUUUCUUUUUUUUAAGUUUAUUCACUUUGCUUUUUGACACUUAUUUUGUGUGCCUUGCUUUAGUUUUUUUCCUUUUGUCAAAACCUAAACACGACUUGAUGUUGUUGGUUUUGACUCUUCAGUCUGCUGUCGAGGGAAGACACCACUUCACUUUCAGAGUCAAAUGUUUGAAUACAGUUCUAAGUAUUAACGAAGACGAAGAUGUUUUGUUGAACCUCACAAUCAAUAAACUAUGUAACGCGUCUAAAUCAGUAAAAAAAAUAAUAGAAUAGUGGAAUAUAUUUUUGUGUUUUAGCACGCCAGCAUCUUGGCUCAGGGGAAGCUAGUCAGUCAUUUCAAAGUAAAACCUCAGAAAAACCUGAUUUCUUCAUGAUUACGGAGGUUUUAUCACCCAAAUCGUCAGUGUUGCUCUAGAUCACAUUUCAUUACCUUGAGAUUGAGCAACAUUAGAAUUCUAACACUCACAGCAGAAGUAUGUUAACACGGCAAAACACUGAAUGUUUGAAACUAUUAUGCCACCAUGUGAAUUACCCUUAGUCAGUGAAAUGCUCGCUAACAUGCUACCGUUAGCAGGUUAGCAUUCAGCCUAGAAAAGUUGCGUUCAGCUUUUUAGCUCAAAUUGUCCUCGGCACACAUUCAACUGUUUUAUUUAGAGAUAAAUGACAACUGGCUGACUUAAUCUCAGAUGAUACUCCGAGAGUUUUGACAGGUUCUUGCUAAGUGUGGGUUGCUGCUCAACUAAACCUGGUUUAGAGAAACGCUUGUCAACACGCUAGUGUUAGCAUGUCGGAAAUCACACAUUAGAGUGUUAAAGUUGAGUCCAGUUUUUGACUUCACUUGUUGUAAAAAAUAGUCAUUUUACAGGCCUUCUAACGUUGAUAUACAAUCUUUUUUUUGCCUGGUCCCAUCAGAGACUCAGACUCUGCUUUGAUUACGUAGCUUAUUCUUCAGGUGAAGGCCCCUGUGGCUAGUUAGCAGUUAUCAGUGAGCUAGCUAGCCGCUAACAAGCUGUUGCGCUAGCAAGGUAAAAUGUUGUGUGGUUUGCUCACAGUUGGAUCAGCUAACGCUAGCGAGCUAGCUAGGUAUGAACAUGGGUACUCUGAUGCUACGGCUUCCCCAUUUAGCUCCGUCUGUCUUUACCGUUGAAAAGUUAUCAAGAACAACUCGAUCACAAUAAUGACUGUAAACAUCUCGCCUUUGAAAAGCUUGAUAAGUGUUGGAUUUAUUAUGCGUUACUUUUUGAAGAUGUGAAAAUGUUGCCAUUUUGUCAGUUGAGAAUUGUCUUUCUCUUUUUGUUAAGUGACAAUUAAUUCAUGUGAUGUGACAUAUUGCCAAAAAAGUCUGCGUUUUGACAACUCCGUCUCCUUUGCACUAGCACUUUGACAAGUAUUUUACCAGGGGUUUGUAUAAGUGAGAGUAGUUUUUCUCCAUGUUGUAUAGUUUAACUUUUUUUUGGCUUCUCUCAUGUAGAAACAUAUUUCAUCUUUGCUUCAUUGGAUUUAAAACCAACGGUUUGUCUUUCCUUUUGUGUUUUUGGCUUGACUUAAUAAAAAGCUGCAAAUAAAACUGUUGAGUUUCAUG